AUGCACACCAGUUUGCUGUUGUUGGCGUGCGCGGCGUGCGCUGUAGCGGCGGCGGAUCCGCAGAGCGAAGAGCUGCUCGAGCUCGCCGCACGCGUGCACGGCGACGGCAACCUCGGCGGCGCCAAUCUUCCGACGGUCGUGCUGGUGGGGCACCAGAACGCCGGCAAGUCGUCGCUGCUCGAGGCGCUGCUCGGGAUCAAGCUGACGCACGUGGGCAACGAGGGCCUGACGCGGCGGCCGCUCCAGAUCACCGCGCAGCGCGACGACUCGGCCGCCGAGCCCGCCCUCUUCCUCACGCGUGACGGCGGCGGCAGCGGCGGCGGCGAGGAGCAGGUGCGGCCUGAGCAGCUGCGGUCGCUGAUCGAGCGCGAGAAUGCGCGGCUCGAGGCGGCGGGCGAGUACGAGGCGGAGCCGCUGCGCGUGCGCCUCAGCUGGCGCCGCGCGCCCACCCUCGUCCUCAUCGACACGCCCGGCUUGAUCGGCCCAGCGGACGGGCUCGAGCUCGGCGAGGCUGCCGCGGCGGUCGAGGGGCUGGUGCUGCAGCAUCUGACGCCGCCGAAGCGGCUGAUACUGUGCCUGGAGGACACCUCCGACUGGGCCAUCUCGCGCACCAUGGCGGUCGUCUCGCGCGCCGACACCGACCUGCGCCGCACACUGCUCGUCGGGACAAAGCUCGACGCCAAGAUGGCGCAGUUCUCCCUCCCCGAGGACCUGCGAGGCUUGGUCGACCCUCCGGCGCUGGCGGCGGAGCGGCCGCACUUGCUCGGCGGGCCUAUCUUCACGUCGGUGCCUCCGCUCCGCUCGGACUCGCGCCACGCCGGCCGCAAGGCUGCCGCCGGCGGCGGCGGCGCGGGAGGCUACAGCGACCUCAUCGAGGAACAUGAGGCCUCCCUCCGCCGCCUGCUGGGCUCCAAGCUCCAGUCGAGCGAGUUCGACGCGCGGAUCGGCGUCUCCGCGCUGUGGCGCCUCAUGGCGCCCCACCUGACGGCGCGCUGGCUCGAGCUCGUGCAGGAGACGUCGCGCGAGCUCGAGGCGCGCAUCGGCAAGAUCCGCGCCGAGCUCAACGCGCCGCCGCCGCCGCCGCCUGCCCAGGCGCGCGCCCGGCCCAGAGCCGCCUCAUUUCCCCCUUCCCCGCGGCUGGAGAGGGGGCGGGGCGGCGGCGCCUCUCCGACACCGCCUCUCAGCCACGGUGCGGUGGAGGACUUUGCGGAUCGGUUCGCUGCGUGCGUCAACACGCUCAUCAAGGGCACCGCCUCCAUCUCGCCCUCCGAGCACGGGGAGACGCUCUCGCAGGAGAUCGUCGCCUCCGCGUCGGGUGCCCUCUGCCGCUUCACGAGCGUCGACGGCAAGGGCGGCGCCGCGGCCGCGGCGGUGGCGGCCGCGCGGGCGGCGCAGGGGCGCGCAGAGAGCUCCGGCGACGGCGCGGACGGCGAGUCGAGCGAGCCGGGCUCGGUCGUGCCGAGCGACGUCGAAGAGGAGCUCAACCUUUGGCUGCACUCGCAGAAGCGGCUAUUUGGAGGGGCGCAGUACUGGCGCGCGCUGCAGGAGUUCAUGCUCGGUGCGGUGGAGGGGCCCGCCGAGGAGGUGACCACCGAGGAGAUCCUCAACGCGAUGGGCUUCGACGGCUACCACGACGGAGUCAACUACAUGCGCGCCGUCUCGGUGAUCGUGGUGGAGAAGGCGCGCGGCUACUUCGAGCAGCAUCUCGCCCUCCUCCGGCUGCGGCUGCUCCACGUCAUGCACCGCAUGACCGGCCAGGAGCUUCCAUACGUCGACCCGCAGGACGCGGCCGACGGACUCGCGGAGACGGCGGGGCUUGGGCUGAGCCGCGAGCAGCACCGGCGGAUGAUGGGGGCGGUGGCGCCGCUGUACGUCGGCUUUGUCGACAAGGCGAUGGAGUCGUGCAUGCGCAAGUGCAUGUAUGACGUCGAGGCGAUCACAAAGUACGUUGUGUGGGACUCGUCGUCGGCGACCAAGGAGUCGCUCUACAACGUCUUCGUGCAGCCCGUCGCCGCCCACUUGCGCAGCCGGAGGCGCGACGGCGCCGCUGGCCGCAAGGCUCUCGUGCCGUCGGGGCGGCAGCAGCAGCAGCAGCAGCAGCAGGGGGGGGGCAGCGGCGGCGCGCCCGCGUUCGAGUCGUAUGAGGAGCGCGCGGAGCUCGUCGCCUCCUUCACCGAGGUGCUCACCUCGCGCCGCGUGACGGAGCAGAUGCGGUCGCUCAUGUCGGCUCUCGUGUCGGAGAUCAUCUCUGCGUGGAGGCAGGAGUUCUGCCGCAUGAUCUCGCUCAAACUCAACUCCUUCUUUCUGAUGCCCUUUUGCCAGAACCUGCCCGCCUACCUGCGCCGCUCGAUGCUCGAGCUCGGCGAGGCGGGCGGGCUUGGCUUCGAGCCGGGGAACCAGCCGCGUGAGGGGCGGAUGGAGCAGCUGCGAGAAGAGCUCAGCCGCCUCACCGGCGAGAAGGCGGCGCUGCAGCGCAUCAGCUCGCGCAUGCAGGCCGUCGCAUUCACUGGUCGCAGCAGGCCGCUGCCGCGCCCGCCACUGGCAAAGUCGGCGCAGGGCUAG